GACUCGAGUAUGGUAGUUGACGCCGGUUUGUUAUUCGGCUUGUUCGUUACAGGUUCCUUUGCCAAUGCCAGAAAUGGUUGGUCAGUGCAGUGCAUCGUUUUGAUUCAGUUUCAAGAAUCAGCACAGCUGUCUCGCCAUAUUUGAUCGGUGAAUCUGACGGUCGUUACCUGCCGCCUUCGGUCUUUGACAAUGGCUAUGGACGCCGCCAGCGCCAUGGGCUCAAUCGCCCUGUGGGGAUUCUCUCCGGCCAUCGACUUCACCGUGGAAGAUUCCAACCCGGGAGCCUUUGAGUUCUGGAACAAGGACGGGUGUGAUGCUGCUAGCGUUCUGUUCGCUGGCGUGCCCGAUCUGUGUCAUAUUCUUCAGAAUCUUCCAGAAGCGCUGCAUCACCCCAACCGACCGGUGGAUUUUUAUGUAUUAGAGAACAGCGUUGAGGUGUACGCCCGCCAGCUGCUGCUGCUCUGGCUGCUGUGUGAACCGGCCGAUAGUGUAGGCCUGCAGGAGAAGGUAUGGAUGUUCCUCGAGAUCGUCGGUAAUACUCUGAUUCGGCCGAGCACGGCCCGUUAUAUCGCCGAGACGGCCACAAAGCUGAUUGACCUGGUGACGGGCGGUGACGACUGCGCGGCGCUGCCGCUCGUCUCGCUCGCUGAGCUGCGCCACCGCGAGCGGGACCAGAUAGCAGCGGUGUUCCAGUUCUGGCGGUCCUCUGACCCCAAGAUAGACGUAGCGCACAUGUGGGACCUACGUCUGCGUCAGCAACUGGCUCAGCGGUACGACGCGCGCAGUGGUGUCUUCGACUGGGACUACUACAUGCGUCUCAAGGACCGCCUGGAAGUUGAGUUCGUUCAGCCGGAGGAGUACAAACACUGGCGCGAGACGGGUGUAGCGUUCAGACGGCCUGGCACCGAGCAGACGUGUCCGAACAAAACACUGGUGACGGUCCGUGCGCUCGGCCGGCCCGGCGAGCGGCAGCUGCGCCGCGGGUACUGGGGAGACAUCGUCUCUGGCCCCUACGCGCCUUUCGGUCUGCGCUCUGGUGACCCAAGCCUGGCGCGGAAGCAGAACGGUCGCUUAGUCGCCACGGCCGCCACAGUCAGCGCCGCUAACCUAGAGGCUCUCUUCAGUAGCAUGUCUUCAUCGCUAUCUACAGCCUCACACAUGCGGGUGCGGUUCCUACCAGCCGACGGCGGCGCGGCGCUGUCGCGUCGAGCGGCCUUCCGUGGCCGGUUCGCGGCGGCUGUGUUCUCCAGCGGUAUGAGUCACCUUCUGACGCCUCCUGUGACCGCCUGUCUGCGAGACGGUGCUACUGUGGCAGUGGAGACGGCUCGCUACGUGGUCUGUGUGACGGCAGAGCAGCAGGGAAGGCUCCUGGAGAGGUACGGCGAGCUGGCGGACACCGCCGACUGUCGACCGUUGAGAGAGAGUGACGGGGGUGAGGGAGGUGGAGAGGUGGGGGAGAUGAGCGGGGAACAAGAACCGGCAGAGAGAGCGGAAGAGAUGGAGAGGAAAGAGGACCAGUCGUCAAUGGGAGAGUCGGAGGCAGAUAGAUCUGGGAAAACUGCAGGAAUGAGCGAUGGCGAUCAGACGGAAGAAAGGCUGAAACCAAAAGAAAUAGCUCCUGUGUCUCAGCUGAAUGCUGGGUUAGAGAGCAGCAAGGCCGAAACGACUGUCACGGAAGAAGGCGACGAGUGCCAGCCUGCUGAUCAAGCCGAUGAAGGCAAACCGAUUACGGUCGGAAACGAACACGCCUCAAUCAAACCACCAGUGGACGUUGAUGCUGGCGAUCUCCCAAGAACAGUAGACUCUAAAGACGGCGACAAAGUAACUGAACUGGCAGAUAAUGUCCAACACUGUCAGCCGACAGGAACCGUAGAAAACGGUGCCGGAGAGCCGAAAAUCUCGGGCGCUGCGGCUGGUACCUGUGUUGGAGACGCUACACCUGACACUGCAGAACAGUUGGAGAGGUGUCCACUGCCUGUAAAAGACGCGAACGCUGAUGGGGAAGACAAGGUAACCUUCAAAAACGUUCUGGGACAAAAAGAGGGUAUAAGUCAGUCAACUGUGGCUGCCAGUGACUCCUCUUCUAGCGGUGUGGACAACGUGGAUCCAUCGAGGGCUCCUUCAAAGGACUCCUGUUCUGUCGGUGUGAACAAUGUGAACCCAUCUUCCGCCAGUGACCCGAGCUCUGAUGGAACCGACAGUAGAGAACCACCUUCCGCUAGUGACUCGCGUUCUACUGGUGUAGACAGUGUAAAAUCGACAGCCUCGGCGGCGCGGAGGUUCUGGGCAUCCGAUAAGCUAACUGCUCUCCCAGAGUGGGUGUGUUUCGUCAAGCGACGCGCCGAUGGGGUGGUCUCUGAUCUGCUCUCCUGGUAAAUGAUGGGUGUUUGAGGGGUGCAGUGGAGCUCACGCUUUUGUGUAUUGUGUAGCUGUUGGGUGAAAUAAUGCCGCGUUUUCAGUUUCAUUCGUUGUGUGUGGACGUUUUGCUGUAUGUGGGUCGUCGUUCUUCUCUAGAUGUCUUGAGAAUGAGAGGUAGCGGCUGCUGAAUACAUUUCAGCCUGAUG